UGGCGUCUUUCAAAAUCUUCCGUUUCUCCGACAUAGAUGCAUCCACAUUUGCCUGGUAUACCAUAAAUAGCAUUUUUAGCAAAAACUGUAGAAUCUUUCUUCUUUGUACCAAGCUUAUUGAGUGCAAAUGUAGAAAAAAAACCCAGUACCCAAUGGACACCGAAAUCCGAUGGAUGGUGGCUUCUCUGUAAAGUCUUGCAAGUCGCCUAUUUAGAAGAAAAUGAGUAUCAUGAAAAACAUAUUAUAAGUAGAUUUAAUCCCGACGAUAUCGGCGUAUCAGUGCCUGAAGCGAAUCAGGACAACCUGAUUCAAUUCGAUUCGCGGUAACAUUUUUGAAUCGAUUCGGUUUUUGCCGAAUCAAAUCUAAUGCAGAAUUAUUUGAUUGGUUAAGGAGUCUGCAUCGUGUGAACGCUGAAUGUAAAGAAAAAAAAAGACAAAAAACAGUUUUUGUAUACAAAUUCGGUUCAGUUCGAUUCGAGACAACUGUUUUGAAUCCUAAAUCGGUUCCAUUCAAUUCGACAUAAAAUUUCUGGAAUUGAUUAGAUCGCUGUUUUGCCGAAUGGGAUCGAAUACCGAAUUAGUCUAUUUGUUUCGGGCUUUGCGGCGUAUGCAAACAUGGACUAUAGAACUUAGAACCAUUUCAAAGAAAAUUUCCAAGUUUAACCUACUCUAUCAAAAAGUCCUUGGAAUUUCUAGAAACCCUUCAGAAAAUCAUAACCUUUUCUAAUUGUUUUUAUGAAUUUAUUAUAAAUUGGGUUUUAGAAUAGCAUAAAUGCCAUAUAUCCUGAGAAUUCCAACUGGUUCUGACGCUUUCUAUGUGAUGAAGGAGUUUUCUAAUCUUAUAUGGAAACAGCCUCGAAAUUCCAGUUUUAAUAGAAUACGGUUCUCAUUAGAUUUUUGUUCGAAAGUAAAACGUUUCCAUCAAAUCCAACAUGGUCGACUACGCAUGUCUCUCAUGCUUUCAACGCUAAUCGAAGUCACUAAGUACUAGUCCCUAGAGUUGCUGGAAAUUCCAUCCACGCCAGCAUCACUGGAUAUCUUGAAUCUUAUCGCUUAACUUCCAUUUUGAAGGAGACACUUUGAGCUGUAUUCUUAUGAAUAUACAUUUAUAAUCUACUGUUACCUUAACUUUUCCGGUUAUAAAACAGUUUUUAAUCGGAUUUUGAAAAUUUUUAAAUUCUUCCUGAUUAUGAAUAUAUGAUUUAAAUUCUAUUCUUCAUAUUGAACACUAAAAUUCUGAUAUAUCCGCCAGGAAAAAAAUAGUUUCAGUCGUUUUUGUAAAUAUAUCACCAAUAUAAAAAUACACUUUUAGAAAAAUAAUUAUAGAUUAUAGUAGCGAACGAAACUCUCUAUCACCCUGUAUAUUUGUCUUUACUUGCACUUAUUUAAAAAAUUUCAGAUCUGAUGUGCCGUAUACAAAGGUUCUACGAAAACUAGUGAAAUCGUGAUCUCAGAAAACCAAACUCUCGAGUUUAAUUCAGAAAUGCUUUGCUUGGAACAGAUGUAUCGUCUUUCUUGUAGCAGGAUCGAUUACUGGUGCUGAGGGUAGAGACAAAGAGAACAUCACAGAUAACAGGAAAUAAAAGAAGAGAAGCGACAAGCAACAUUAUUUCCAAACAGCUUCUAUGCAAGCGAAGAGAACAAACCAAGAACAAAUUAGAACACGUUGAGUACUAUUUUUGCUGUCUGGUGCCCAACAAGUGAAUUAAGAAUAAGACUCAUUCAUGACACACGCAACACAUUCUUUUUUAGCGCGGAGUUAAAAAAAGAACGCAUGCAAAAUUGUCAAUACAAAGGUGCAAGUGUGAGAAAAUAUUUGUGUGAAUCAUCGAGUGGGCAGCUUGAUAUCUCUCCCCUUUGAAUGCAUGCAAAAAUGCCGUUUGAUGUCAUUAUUUGAAUAAGCUAAUCUUCUUUUUUUUAUGUGUUCUUUUGCGUUAUAUUCGUCAUAUAUAAGAAAGAAAAGCAAAAAACUCUCAUUAUGAAAGCAUGAAUCUGAUCUAAGAGAUUAUAACUAUUCCAACGCGAAAACCGUCUUGUGCUCGAGAACAAGUAACAAAAUCAGACUAAUCAUAUUUCUUUACCCGAUCACAAGAAUCUUUCAUUAUAGGCCCUCAUUUUGCGGAGCGAUACAACGUUUCAAAAUUGUUUGCUUCCAUAUCAAUUUGUUGAACAUUAUCAACCUAAAAAUCAUGCAUUUUGGUUGUCUUAUUGUGCUUUCAAUUGUGCUAUUCGACAGUUGUGUGGGGCUUCCGAACACGGUAAGACAUCCUUACUAGCAUGAAAAAAAGUGAUAUAAUGCGCAAAUGGAAAUUUUAUAUCAUUAAAGCAUCAACGAACAGAGACUGACGUCAACAAGAUCCUCGAGAACGGCCCUUUUGAUACUGUUACAGCUUCUUAUGAAUAUCCAAUUGCUUACGAUACAGAACUGACACCUUCUUCAAACAAUCUUACAACUCAAAUUCGGGGGCAACUUUAUUUCCCAAAUUCAACAGCAGCCAACACGAAAGGUCCAUUUCCUGUUCUUGUUUUUCUCCCCGGAAAACAUCCUGACUGUCGUUUACCCGUUCCGCUUGGGUACCCUGCUAUCGAUAUCAAUUCCACGGACAGCUGGGGUCAAUGCCCAGAUGGUAUGUCCAAGGUUCCUAACCACCUUGGAUUUGCGUACCUUGGUAGAUAUUUUGCAUCAUACGGCUACAUUGUCGCCUCGGUCGACGUCGUUUCAAUGAAUAACAAAUUGGGCAUUGCCGGCGAUAGCACAUUAAACUUUGUUAGGGCACGUAUCGUUCUCAAGACUCUAGAAAAAAUGAAGGAGUGGAAUGAUAGCGCUGAAAAGUCUAAACAAGCACUAGGUGACGUUGAUUUAUCCAACAAUUUUGAUUUUACACAAAUUGGAAUGAUGGGACAUUCGCGUGGUGGUGAAGGAGUUCGAAAUGCCUACAAUAUGCUGAUGGAAAAUAAAGGUCCGAGCGAUGCGUCAAUGUGGAGAAAUCGACUGUCAGGAAUGGUCAUCAGAGCGAUUAUGGAAAUUGCACCAAUGUAUUACGGACAGGAUGGAGUCAAAUUUGGUGUUGACAACAUUCCCUGGGGAAUCGUGAUAGCGGGGUGCGAGGAUGAUGAAAUCGAUUACGGUGAGUGCAUCACUCGUAUGUGCUGUAGUGCAGAUAUUGAUCUAAUCUGA